CGGAGUUGUUGCGGGGCGGGGCGGGAGAGUCAAGGUCAAAUAGCGUGCUGGGGGAAUAUUUAGACGGUGAUGCAUGUUUCCUCGGGUUCUGGUGGUGGUGGCGGUGUUGUUGUUGUGUCUGACGAGGCCCAGGGAAGGUCGCGCCGCCCCCUCACCGGGAAGUUUAUGGUGCCUCACCCUUCAAGCCUCCCCUCGCUUCACACCGCCAGGCAGUAGCAAUGGAGGGAGGGAGGAGAGGGGAGCGGGGCGCGGGAAACAGUGACAGCGCGUGACAGCACAAGAGACGCUGAGCUGAGGCCACAAAGGCAACAACAACAACAACAACACGCCAGAAUAACAGCGCAAUAACGACAUAACUUGACGUGUUGGACGGGAAAAGAUUACCUGAGGCACGUUUUAUCACGGUGCCCAGAUAACUUGUCAUAAAAGGAAGGCUAACCACUUGAAGCAAAUGUCGAACAGAGAGGAAGGAUGAAGAGAAUAACUGAAAAAUACAUUACAGUAACCAAGGAGAAGCCAAAAAAAGUUAUAUAUGGAAAAAAGUUGUAUAUUGGAAAAAGACAGACAACUAAGAGAAGACCAAAAAGAAAGUUAAAGUGUAGGAAGAAAAAUGAAAGGAAAGAAAAACGAGCCCAUGACAGGAGGUGCCGUUACGAAGAGAAUAACUGAAAAUAAAAUACAGUAACCAAUAAGAAACCAAAAAGAGUUAUAUAUGGAAAAAAAUGUAGAUUGGAAAAAGACAGACAACUAAGAGAAGGCCAAAAAGAAAGUUAAAGUGUAGGAAAAAAGAAUGAAAGGAAAGAAAACCUUCUUCUUCUUCUUCUUCUUCUUCUUCUUGGGUGUUUUAUGGGGCUAGAAAACCGAGCCCAUGACAGGAGGUGCCGUUAGGAAGGCAGAAGGAGACGUCGCCGAUGUAAACAAACCAGUGGCCGAGGCUGAAGAGGGACCAUGCAGAAGUAUGAGAAGCUGGAGAAGAUCGGGGAAGGCACAUAUGGUACUGUGUUCAAGGCCAAGAACAGGGAGACGCAGGAGAUUGUGGCCCUGAAGAGAGUGCGGCUGGACGAUGACGAUGAGGGAGUGCCCUCAUCAGCACUGAGGGAGAUCUGUCUGCUGAAGGAGCUGAAGCACAAGAACAUCGUGCACCUCCAUGAUGUGCUGCACUCAGACAAGAAACUCACGCUGGUUUUCGAACACUGCGACCAAGAUCUCAAAAAGUACUUCGACAGCCUCAAUGGGGAAAUCGACCCAGACAUUGUUAAGUCCUUCAUGUUCCAGCUUCUACGAGGCCUGGAGUUCUGCCACAGCCGGAACGUGCUGCACCGAGACCUCAAGCCACAGAACCUUCUCAUCAAUAAGAAUGGGGAGCUGAAGUUGGCGGACUUUGGGUUGGCGAGGGCGUUUGGCAUCCCCGUGCGCUGCUACUCAGCCGAGGUGGUGACGCUGUGGUACCGGCCGCCUGACGUGCUCUUUGGUGCCAAGCUCUACAACACCUCCAUUGAUAUGUGGUCGGCUGGGUGUAUAUUUGCAGAGUUGGCCAAUGCUGGCCGCCCACUCUUCCCUGGCAGUGACGUGGACGACCAAGUCAAACGCAUCUUCAAGCUCCUUGGGACUCCCACGGAGGAGACUUGGCCUGGCAUGACCUCCCUGCCGGACUACAAGACCUUUCCCCUCUACCAGCCCACCAUGACGCUGGCUCAGGUCUGCCCUAAGCUGAGUAGCAAGGGCAGGGAUCUCCUACAGAGGCUGCUAAUUUGCAAUCCUGCUGCAAGAAUGAAUGCAGAGGACGCCAUGGCUCACUCCUACUUCGCCGACCUCUCCCCCUCCAUCAGGAAUGUGUGACAGACAAACCACCAGACGGGCCAGUAUUGCCACCACACGGGAGGAGGUUUUGUAUGGCGUCAAUGUGUGUGUGUUUUUGGAAGUUGAUCAUAUUACAAACACUUGGUGGUUCUCUUCAGCUUCCGAGGUUAAAACGUUCAUACUAUUGGAUCUGCUUGAUUGUUUGUUCUGUGUAUUUUUUUGUUGUUAGUUUUGAUCUCUUCUAUUUUUUAGUUGUUUGUUGAGUUCAUUUGCAUUCAGGGCAACAUUAAGAUUUUUAGAAAUGUGCUUCAGAUCAUGUUCAGUAUCUGGUUAUUGAGGUGGCUGGGGUGUGUUGUGUUCGUGUCAUACCUUUAGUGGCAUAUGCCUGGGUACCCCGGCCCAUCCCUGCACCUCAUCCAACCCAAGAGUGGUGAGCAUGUGAAGGAAUGACAAUAUUGUUGAAGUGUUUCCUGCAUAUCAAGAGAAUGGAAGGCAAGGUGUCUGUAGUACCAUAGUAUUCAUGAUCUCUUUGUCCAGUAUAUUUGUACAGUAAGGUAUGAUUACUCAUACAAAAUUGAUGUCCGAUACUUGAGAAGUUUGGUGGUUAAAACCAUUCUUGUGUUCGUAACAUAGACCUGAUACAUUUUGGCUACAUUGCCUUAUCAUAGUUGACCAUAUGACCUUUGUUUUGGGUAAAAAGUAAUAUUUCUAACCAAAAUCAGUCAGGAAUAUCUUGUAGGUCCUUAGGAAAUACUUUGAACCAUAUGAGGUACCCAGAACUAUCUUAGACCAAUCAAAAUCUUUGUCUGUUCAGGUAGACUUGAUUAUUAAUGCAGAGACCUUUCUUAAUUAAAGCUUUGUUAACCAUAGUCCCUCAGUGAUAAAUUUUAUGAACAAAUUCCGUACAAAUUGUUCAUAAGAAUAUUUUGUACAAAUGAAUCACUAUUUUUUUCAGAGAAAAUAAUUAUCAUAGGUAAACCUGCUACUCAGGAGUAGAGUGACCUGUAGAAAUAAUUAGAGGUGAUAAUGAUUCUUCUUCACAGACAACCAAGACAUCAAACGUUCAUCACAAUCUGUCAAGUGUAUGUUAUUUAGUUCCAUUAUGUGAGGAAUGUGAACCUCAGACUGAAACAAGCUGCCAAAUGUGCACCAAAACCUCCACUCACUGCGAGGGAACGAGUCUUGCAGCAGAGCACAGCUACAGCUUUUGGGCUUGGCUCCUUCAGGGGCUUCCUUCAAAAUCAGGGUAAUUUGAGGGGGCCUCCCAGCCCUCUUUUUUUU